UUUAUUUUGAAAAUCCGCCGACUCCUCCCCGACUCUUCCGUGUUUGCGUGUGUGUGCGUCGUGCGUGUUUCUUCGCGUCCUUUAGCUUCAGUUUGGAGACAAACAGUCAUGUCUUUGGAGGUGGAAUCCGCAGACGUGAUCCGUCUGAUCAUGCAGUACCUGAAGGAGAACAACCUGCAGAGGACUCUGGUCACCCUCCAGGAGGAGACCACCGUGUCCCUCAACACCGUGGACAGCAUCGAGAGCUUCGUGGCAGACAUAAACAGCGGACACUGGGACACCGUCCUGCAAGCCAUCCAGUCCCUCAAGCUGCCGGAUAAGACCCUGAUAGACCUCUACGAACAGGUGGUGCUGGAGCUGAUCGAGUUGAGAGAGUUGGGUGCAGCCCGUUCGCUCCUCAGGCAGACCGACCCCAUGAUCAUGUUGAAACAGACCCAACCGGAGAGAUACAUCCACCUGGAGAACCUGCUCGCUCGCUCCUACUUCGAUCCCAGAGAGGCUUAUCCAGACGGCAGCAGUAAGGAGAAGCGCCGAGCGGCCAUCGCCCAGGCCCUGGCAGGGGAGGUCAGCGUGGUGCCUCCCUCUCGUCUCAUGGCUCUGCUGGGACAGUCUCUGAAGUGGCAGCAGCAUCAGGGUCUCCUGCCUCCUGGUAUGACUAUCGACUUGUUCAGGGGUAAAGCUGCUGUUAAAGACGUAGAGGAGGAGCGCUUCCCCACCCAGCUCAGCAGACACAUCAAGUUUGGACAGAAAUCUCACGUGGAGUGUUCCCGGUUCUCCCCUGACGGUCAGUAUCUGGUCACUGGCUCUGUGGACGGCUUCAUCGAGGUCUGGAACUUCACCACCGGCAAAAUCAGAAAGGAUCUGAAGUACCAGGCUCAGGAUAACUUCAUGAUGAUGGACGACGCGGUGUUGUGUAUGUGCUUCAGUCGAGACACGGAGAUGUUGGCCACCGGAGCUCAGGACGGAAAGAUCAAGGUGUGGAAGAUCCAGAGCGGUCAGUGUCUGAGGAGGUUCGAACGCGCCCACAGUAAAGGAGUAACGUGCGUCAGUUUCUGUAAAGACAGCAGCCAGCUCCUCAGCGCCUCCUUCGACCAGACAAUCAGAAUCCACGGACUAAAGUCGGGUAAAACUCUGAAGGAGUUCCGCGGUCACUCUUCGUUCGUGAACGAGGCCACCUUCACUCCAGACGGCCACCACAUCAUCAGCGCCUCCUCAGACGGUACAGUCAAGGUGUGGAACAUGAAGACCACCGAGUGCUCCAACACCUUCAAGCCUCUGGGCACGUCGGCCGGCACCGACAUCACGGUCAACAACGUCAUCCUGCUGCCCAAGAACCCCGAGCACUUCGUAGUGUGUAACCGCUCCAACACGGUGGUCAUCAUGAACAUGCAGGGACAGAUCGUGAGGAGUUUCAGCUCCGGUAAAAGGGAAGGCGGUGACUUUGUGUGCUGCACUCUGUCACCCCGCGGCGAAUGGAUCUACUGCGUGGGCGAAGACUUUGUGCUGUACUGCUUCAGCACAGUCACCGGCAAGCUGGAGAGAACGCUGACGGUCCACGAGAAGGACGUGAUCGGCAUCGCCCACCACCCCCACCAGAACCUCAUCAGCACCUACAGUGAGGACGGUCUGCUGAAGCUCUGGAAGCCUUGAGGUGUCGACGGCGAACCGAGAUCGGACGUUCUCGCACAGCGACCGCUCUCCUCGCUCUGGACACUGCUGCCCGUUUUUAUUUUUGCCUUUUUACAUCACUGAGGGAAUCUUUCCCUUCCAGUAACACCACGGGUUUCACACAUUCAGCUGCGUGUUUCGAUAUAAAACUGUUAAAUUAAAAUUACGCAGCUGUGGAAGUUAAAGGUUUUGGAGUGUUUGCACAGAAGAGCCUCAUUUACCAGAAACUGUCCAUCAGAAGUGAUUUUAGUGAAUCUCCCAAAGCAACAUUUCCUUCACUGCUAUGUUAUUAUGAAUUAUGGAUUUAGAAGAAGUGGCACGUUCUUCAAAAUGUGAACCAGGCAUAGGAUUAUUUUAAAAUACUUCUUCCAUAUUCCCACAUUUACAAAAAGCUCAAAUAAUUCCUCCAUAAUUUUAGUUUCAGUUGAAAUAAAUAAAUGAGGUUCUGCUUUCCAGCCUCUGAACCUUUCAGACAGUAACCUCAGAUUAUCUUGAGCUGUCAGGGGGAGGCGGGGUGUAGAUACUAGACUCAGUUCUUGUUUUGAAAAUUCCACUUUUUUGUAAAUAUAUUUUUUAUUUGCAUUUUUUGUUUUUUCAAGAAGACCUGGUUAAAUAGUCGGUGGUUGUUUUGUCUUUUUUCAUCCAGAAUUCUUUUGUAAACCUUUUUGAAAUGAUUUGAGUUCAUUCAACUCGGAGAACCAGAUAAUUCAUUCAGUCUAAUAAGUCGCGGAGACUUUACUUGUACCAUUUCCCAUCAGUAUAUCUCAUCUGUGUCAUUAAAGCUGUUUAACCAGAACA